AGGCAAUGCCUUUGCCUGAUGCUUUAUCAACACUUGGUGAUAAUCCUUAUUUUGGAGCAGGGUUUGGUCUAUUUGCCUUGGGUGCUGCAGCAGGAGCCUUGAGGAAAGGUGCAACUUAUGCCUCACAAAUUAUGAGAAGAUAUCUGAUCACAACCAUGGAGAUACCAGUUUCUGAUCACAGUUACAACUGGGUUUUACAAUGGAUUGCAAAGCGUCCAGAUAUGUCUUGUCAUUUGAGUGUCAACACAGCUUUUCAACAACUUCACAGCGGAAAGAUUUCAACUUCAUUCAAUUUUACACCCAGUCCUGGUGCUCAUUAUAUUUGGUAUUUUGCAAGAUUGUCCUCAAAUUUCUUAACUAUAACAUGUAUAAAAAAUUUCCAAUUAAAAUUGAACGUAAUCGUGAAAAACAAAUGAUAGAUCGUAACCAGCACAUCCCAUAUGAAACAGUAACUCUAACAACAUUAGGAAGAAAUAUUGCAUUAUUUGAAGAUAUUUUAAGCCAAGCUAGAGGAGAUGCAUUAAAAGAACACCAUGGUAUGACAUUGAUAUUCAAACCAAUGGGCCAUGAAUGGAGGCAGUUUGGAAAUCCACAACGCAGGAGACCUUUGCAUUCAGUCAUACUCGACGAGGGGCAAGGGGAAAGAAUACUUGGUGAUGUCAAACAUUUUAUAUCUUCACAAGAAUGGUAUACAGAUCGUGGUAUUCCAUACAGAAGAGGUUAUCUUCUUCAUGGCCCCCCUGGUUGCGGAAAAACUAGUUUCAUAACAGCUUUAGCUGGUGAGUUGGAAUACAGUAUAUGUAUACUGAAUGUUGGAGAUUGGUCACUCUCUGAUGACAGACUUCUCAACUUUAUGGUCACAGUGCCACCACAAAGCAUCAUAUUAUUAGAAGACAUAGAUGCUGCUUUUGUUGACCGCUCAGCAAUGCAAAAUGAUCCAAGAAUGCAAGGAAUGAGUAGCAUCACAUUUAGUGGACUAUUAAAUGCCCUGGAUGGUGUUGUAUCUUCAGAAGCUAGAAUUGUAUUCAUGACGACAAAUCAUAUAGAAAGGUUGGAUUCUGCGUUAUUGCGACCAGGUCGAAUAGAUUCGAAGGAAUGUGUUGGACAUGCAUCUCAAUAUCAGCUUGGUUGUAUGUUCUUGAGAUUUUUUCCUGAAUCAAGUGAUGCAGAAGCAUUAAACUUUGCCACUGAAUGUAUCAAACAUUCAGACAAAAUAAGCAUGGCACAGCUACAAGGACACUUCAUGCUUCAUAAAUAUGAUAAAAAUGCGGUUUUAGAAAAUGCUGAUAAAAUUUCUUUAUUAUGAUACAAUAUUACAAGUGAAAUUUGUUA